AAAAUAAACAGGAAAAGGACAACAAAUAAAAAAAAAAAAAUUAUCAGUACUUUUCUUCUUUUUUUUUUCUUUUCUUUUUUUAUUCUCUUACUUAUCAACUAUGAAUGAACCAAACUUUACUAAUCAACAAAACUGGCUUGAUAACUUGACAAUAGAGCCUCAAACUCUCUUAACAAAUGAAGUUGAUAAGAGAAAAUGGGACUCUUUACAAGAUUUUCCAAAUGCUAUCACUAAACAUUUUCAUAGUGGAAGUGAUAAUGAUACACUUUUACAGACAAACAAACAAACUGAUGAUGAAUCAAACCUGUCACCUAGUGAACUACAAAGGAAACGAAAGGAACAAAACCGAAUAGCACAACGAGCAUUUAGGGAACGAAAAGAACGCUAUGUCAAGGAAUUAGAAGAAAAAGUGGCUCAAUUGGAAAAGGACCGUAUCAACGAAAUGAAGACUUUACAAGACGAAAAUAAACUAUUACAUCAACGUGUAAAAGAAAUGGAAACCGAAAUUUAUACUCUUAAAGGUGCCGAACGAGCUUUCGAACGAUCUAUUCAAAAGUUACGAGAAGCUGGUAUUCAGUUACCAGUAGAUACAACAACUGAUUCCGGGCAUUUACCUACUAGUCCACCAGUGGAUUCAAAUGAAGCACCAUCACCUUUUGAUCCUUCUUCUUCUAUAACAACAACUUCAUCAGCAAUAGUAACAACACCAACCAACAAUCAAUGGCAUUCUUCUCCAUUUAUGGACUCAUCUCCUUAUUCAGCAUCUUCCUCUUCCAUGACACCAUCAUCACCUUUAUAUGAUCUAUCAAAUGAACGAGUAUAUGAUGAUCAUCAACAAAAUAACAACAAUAACAGCAAUGAUGAUAACAGCAGUAAUGACAACAUUCAACUUGAUCAUCCUUCUCUAACAACAUAUUUGCCUCCUCACAUAUCAGAAACAACAACAACAAAUCUGCAUGAUCAGCAUCAAGAAAUAAUGGGCUUUGCACAAAAUGAAACUGGUCGAUUCAACCAUCAAGUCGACCCUCGAAUUGAACAAGGCGCAAAAACCAUACCAUGUGACCGAAUGUGGGAAACGCUACAAGAACAUCCGAAUAUUGAUAUGUUUGAUAUGGAUACAUUAUGUGUGGAACUUCAAAAAAAGGCAAGAUGCUCUGGCUCUGGUGCGGUGAUCUUGGAAGAAGAUUUUAUCGAUGUACUGAAACAACAUGAAGAUUCUCUCAAGGAUAAUACAAAAAAAAAUGUAGUUUAGUUUAG